UCAAAUAUUCAUGAAUAUAGAUCUAGUCACCGUAGUGUAGAUCUAGAUCUAUCACCAUACUCUAUUUGGACUAGUAAUACUUCACACAGUAGCCUAAGAGUAGCUUCAAGUAGAUUAAGUUAUCUUAUAUAGAGUAACUCUAUUAUAAACUUGGGUCGUGGUAAUCAUCUUUUUUGAAGUAACGUCUGUGACUGUGUGUGAGUGUGUCUCCGAUUAAGACUCAUAAGAAUUAUUAAGAUAAUAAAUUAGAUCUAGAUCUACAUCAUCUAGUUACUUGAAGUUCAACUUACAUACUUCAAGUGAGUUGUAGCUACCAAAAUGUCCUCUUCAGUGAGCCAAAUAAGUCAGGUCCUGCAGAACAAAGCAGCUCCAUUAAAAGACAGAUUUAGAGCACUGUUUACUCUGAGAAACUUGGGUGGCAAUGAGGCUGUUGAUUCAAUAGCUUCAUGUUUUGAUGAUGACUCUGUGCUGCUGAAACAUGAGCUAGCGUACUGUCUCGGUCAGAUGCAAAAUACUUAUGCGAUUCCACAUUUAAUAAAAGUAUUAGAAGACAGAUCCCAGGAUGCGAUGGUUAGACACGAAGCAGGAGAAGCUUUAGGUGCCAUUGGUGAUGCAUCUGCUCUUGAAGUACUCUCUAAUUAUGUCCAAGAUCCAGUUGUAGAGGUUGCUGAGACUUGUCAGCUAGCUGUGAGCCGUUUGCAGUGGUUGGCUCAAAAGUCAAGCUGUGAGACAGAUCUGCCAAGUAAUCCAUAUUCAUCUGUUGAUCCUGCACCUCCUUCAAAGCUGGAAGAAGUCACCAAGUUAAAGGAGUCCUUACUAGAUGAUACUCUCCCUUUGUUCCAAAGAUACCGUGCCAUGUUUACUUUAAGAAAUAUUGGUACAACUGAAGCUGUGUUAGCUCUAGCUGAAGGACUAAGGUGUAAAGGAGCUUUGUUCCGCCAUGAAAUAGCCUAUGUUCUGGGACAGAUUCAAAGUGAUGCUUGUAUCAGACAACUUCAAGCAAAUCUGGAGGAUACAGAAGAGAGCCCCAUGGUCAGACAUGAAUGUGCUGAAGCCUUGGGAUCCAUAGCUACAUCCGAAGCUACAGCCAUUCUAGAAAACUACCUUAAAGACAAAGAGCGAGUUGUUCGGGAAAGUGCAAUUGUGGCCUUGGACAUGAGUGAAUAUGAAAACAGCGACCAGUUCCAGUAUGCUGACACAUUGAGUAAAAUGAACAAUGGGCAGAUAACUGGCUGUGUAUCUUAACAUAGGUUAGCCCCCCCCCCCCUUUUUUUUUUUAUGUUGGCAAUUGUAAUUAAUGGUGAAACUUUCCUUUAAAUAUUAAAAGAGAAAUUCUGAAAACUUAA